AGCACAGUAAUGAGAGUGGCCCAGGUUUGUGGUGUCCUCCCAGUUCCUUCCAACCAUCUCUGGAGGAUAGCUUUUGUGAUUCUAUUCUGGUCUGUGGUUAAGGUUUGAAGCCGUGGAAGAGUUGGUUGAUAGGAAAAGUGAGGUUCAUUCUCAUGCUGUUUGGGCUUGCAUUGCAAAUAAAAGGAGCUCAAUGACCCCCCAGUUAUGGGAAUACUUACCCUUUCUUCUUUUG